GGACGAGGAGGAGGAGGAGGAAGAAGAGGAGGACCGGACCGGGUGGUCGACGAGGCCCGGCCGGGAGAGGAGGGCGCAGCGGCGGGGCCCGGCAGCCAGAAAGAUGAAGUCUUCAGUACACCCAGAAGAAGAUGACUUUGUGCCAGAACUACAUAGAAAUGUUCAUCCUCGAGAGCGACCUGACUGGGAGGAAACUCUCAGUGCCAUGGCAAGAGGAGCAGAUGUCCCCGAGAUUCCCGGAGAGCUGCCACUUAAGACGUGUGGCAGUACAGCCAGCAUGAAGGUCAAACAUGUAAAAAAAUCCACCAAUCCAGGCCUGCUGGGCUGCGACAACGUUCACAGGUUGUCCUUCACGAAGGGCCACUUUCCAAAGAUGGCAGAGUGUGCUCACUUUCACUACGAGAAUGUGGAGUUUGGCAGCAUCCAGCUUUCACUCUCGGAAGAGCAGAAUGAAGUAACGAAAAACGGCUGUGAAUCCAAGGAGCUGGUCUACCUCGUACAGAUUGGUUGUCAGGGUAAAAGCUGGAUCGUGAAGCGGAGUUAUGAAGAUUUCAGAGUGCUCGAUAAGCAUCUACAUCUCUGUAUUUAUGACCGUCGCUUCUCUCAGCUCUCAGAGCUCCCCCGUUCUGACUCCCUGAAGGACAGUCCUGAGUCAGUCACACAGAUGCUUAUGGCUUACCUGUCACGUCUCUCAGCCAUUGCGGGCAACAAGAUCAAUUGUGGGCCUGCUCUGACCUGGAUGGAGAUUGAUAACAAAGGUAAUCACCUGCUUGUCCAUGAAGAAUCAUCCAUCAAUACGCCUGCUGUUGGUGCUGCACACGUUAUCAAGAGAUAUACUGCUCGGGCCCCAGAUGAGCUGUCCUUAGAGGUGGGAGACAUUGUGUCUGUUAUUGAUAUGCCGCCGAAAGUAUUGAGCACGUGGUGGAGGGGCAAACAUGGAUUUCAGGUGGGACUCUUUCCGGGACACUGCGUUGAGUUAAUCAACCAAAAAGUCCCUCAAUCAGUGACGAAUUCCGUGCCAAAACCAGUCUCCCCCGCCCAUGGAGCCCGCCCGGCGUCUUGGAGCUACUUCCCCCCUUAUUUGGAGAUGGAUAGUGUAAAGCCAGGUUCUGCAUGCGUUUCAGAGGCUCCCAACCAAUCCCAGCUGUGCUCAGUGUCCAAAAAGCACGGCAAGCUCAUUACCUUCCUACGCACAUUCAUGAAGUCUCGUCCAACCAAGCAGAAACUGAAGCAGCGGGGAAUUCUGAAGGAGAGGGUAUUUGGCUGUGACCUGGGAGAACACCUCCUGAAUUCUGGCUUUGAAGUGCCCCAAGUUCUUCAGAGCUGCACUUCAUUCAUUGAGAGAUAUGGCAUCGUGGAUGGAAUAUACCGUCUCUCAGGGGUCGCCUCCAACAUCCAGAGACUACGCCACGAGUUUGAUUCAGAACACAUUCCCGACCUGACUAAAGAACCUUAUGUGCAGGAUAUCCAUUCCGUGGGCUCCCUCUGUAAGCUGUACUUCAGGGAGCUGCCAAAUCCACUACUCACUUACCAACUCUAUGAGAAGUUCUCAGAUGCAGUGUCUGCAGCCACAGAUGAAGAGCGAUUGAUUAAAAUUCACGACGUCAUCCAGCAACUCCCACCUCCACAUUACAGAACUUUGGAGUUCUUAAUGAGACAUUUAUCCCUUCUAGCUGAUUAUUGCUCCAUCACGAACAUGCACGCUAAGAACCUAGCAAUUGUGUGGGCCCCAAACCUGCUUCGGUCAAAACAGAUAGAGUCUGCCUGCUUCAGUGGGACAGCUGCCUUCAUGGAAGUGAGAAUUCAGUCAGUGGUGGUUGAAUUUAUUCUCAACCACGUGGAUGUUCUCUUCAGCAGCAAAAUCAGUGCAGUCAUUCAAGAUGGGGCAGCAGCUUCUUUAUCCAGGCCCAAGUCCCUGUUGGUUUCUUCGCCAUCCACCAAGUUGCUGACUUUGGAAGAAGCCCAGGCCCGGACACAAGCUCAGAUCCACUCCCCCAUUGUGACCGACAACAAGUACAUUGAAGUGGGAGAAGGGCCAGCCGCACUUCAGGGAAAAUUCCAUACUGUCAUUGAGUUUCCUCUUGAAAGGAAGCGGCCCCCAAGCAAAAUGAAGAAGUCUCCAGUGGGGAGCUGGCGGUCCUUCUUCAACUUGGGGAAGUCUUCAUCGGUCUCCAAGCGCAAACUCCAACGGAAUGAGAGUGAGCCUUCAGAGAUGAAAGCCAUCGCUCUGAAAGGUGGCAGGGCAGAAGGAACCCUACGCUCGGCUAAGAGUGAAGAGUCUCUGACUUCUCUGCACGCUGUUGAUGGUGAAUCGAAGCUGUUCCGGCCCAGGAGACCCCGUUCUAGCAGUGACGCGCUCUCCGCCUCUUUUAAUGGAGAGAUGCUAGGGAACCGCUGCAAUUCCUAUGACAAUCUGUCCCACGAGCAGGAAAGUGAAGAGGAAGAUGGGCUGCUACACAUCCCAGCCCUCAUGUCCCCUCAUUCUACCGAGGAUGUUGACCUGAGCCCGCCAGACAUUGGCGUGGCCAGCUUGGAUUUUGAUCCCAUGUCCUUCCAGUGCAGUCCUCCCAAGGCAGAGGCGGAGUGCCCCACCCUGCUGGACUUCGAGGAAUCAACCCAGGACAAGGCGGCCAGUCGAAAGGAGGCUGAGGCAGGUAGCCAGUGUCAGACUCCCGGAAGCACCACCAGCUCUGAACCUGUCUCCCCGCUCCAGGAUAAGGCGAGUAGCCCCUUCUUCACCCUGGAUCUGAGCCCGACGGAAGAAAAAGCGCCCAGGCCCUCCUCAUCCACUGAGAGGGUCGUCUAUGCUUUCUCCCCCAAGAUGGGACGGAAACCAAGCAAGUCCCCGGACCCGACCGGAUCCGAGGCUGCCUCUGCACCCCUGCCCGGCCCCAUGUCCGAGGCUGCCGGCGGAAUUCCUGACCCCGUCCCAAACACACCUCUGCCCGCCUGGAACAGGAGCUUCGGUGAUGGGGAGGCCCCCAACAGUUGUCCCCACCAGGGGCUGACGACCAAAGGUGAUGCCACAGAAGCCCGUGAAAGAUGCCCCUCCGAAGCCCAGGUGUUGGAGCCCGUGGCCGCCGUCACCGCCCCCAAAGUAGAACCGCUCACACCAGUGGAACCGUUUGUGCUGAACGGUAACAGUAAGGCUGUAGCUUCUGCACAGACCCACCCAGGAGCAGUUGCCCUUGACUCCCCUCAGGAUCCCGUUCCUGUCAGUUCAGUAACUCUAAUCCCACCUCCACCACCACCGAAAAACGCUGCCCGCAUGUUGGCGUUAGCUUUAGCCGAAUCUGCACAACAAGCCUCCACCCAGUCACUGAAGAGACCAGGAAAUGGCCAGGCCAGUUAUCCCGAUGCCGGAGACAGCGCAGUGUCUGGGUCCCAGGGCCCACAGUUCACCCUCCCUACAGGUUUCCCAUUAGACAAGGCCUAUUUUCAAAGCAGGACACCGGGAGAGCCCCCCGAGCUCCAGCGGGCCGCCCCCGGAGGCUGUGACGGCUCCAUUCUCUGUCCAGAUGCAUCCGCCGCCGCCUCCGAGGACCAGCCCUAUGCUGCCCUGGCCCCUGAACCCAGGGACAGGCCGCACUCCUCAGCAGCCUCCCUGGGGGAUCCACCCCGUGCGGACAAGGCGGAGACCCAUGCGGCCCUGUGGGCGGACUCGGAGAAGACCAGCCGGCCGUCCCCUCCCAGGGAUCCGGAGACGGACCCCCGGGCCCUAUCUUUCGGGAGUCCGGACCCGCCUGACUGGCACUUGCCCAGGGGGGAGGAGCCUUACAUCCUUCCCGAUCUGCACAUCGACAAACCCCACCUCCCUCCCGAGAUGGCACCAGGCCUGUGGCCCCUGGACAGAGCCCUCACUUCGGCCGGCCCCUCCGGGGAGAGCAGCACUGGCAGCACAGUGACUCACCUGACAAAUACUCAGCUGGCAGCGACCGAAAUCAGCCCCAGGGAAUCUUCUUGGGGCUGUGCCGGCCAGCCCGCCCCCUCAGGGGACUGCUUCUUCCCCACCGGGCAGCCUGCACCCUCAGCGGAUGGCUUCUUUGGCACCCUCCAGCGCACCUAUAGGAACAACCGGCCCCGCCCUGUAACCCCUCCGGCUCAGAGAGCAGUCGAACCCCAGGCACCCUUGGGGCAGAUUCCCGCAGCAGCUAGCAUGGCACCCAAUGGUUCCCUGAAGGUGCGAGGAGGACUGCCAGCUCCAGAGAAGCCUCCUGAACCCCGAGCAGCGGACCCCGCCCCCUCCGCCUGGGCCUCCGCCGCUACCACUGCCCACCCAGGCCUGCCUGUGAAGCUCCGGGAGGGCAUGCGGGCCCCGCCCCUUCACCUGCGCUCUGAGUCUGUUCCUGCCUCCGCGCCUUACAGCUUCACUGCGCCUGUCCCACCCACGCGGACGCUGGAAAGUAAGAUGGCGGCCGCCAUGCAUUCCAACAACACUGAUGGCCUGGGUGCCUUGAGUUACCAUGCCUUUGCUGCAACGCCGUCGGCCUCCCCAGAUGAGGACUCGUCGCCGGGACCCCCCCACCCUCAGCCAAAGCACACCUCACUGAAGCCAGCCCACCCCGUCUAUCCCUGGCCGGAGAACUCCCCCGAGCCCCUCAGCCCUGAAAACUGCACGCACGUCAGCCUGGCUUCCACCUGCCAGUACCGUCUGCCGGCCGGCCCUCUGCCCACCAUGAAACCGGAGCAACUCCAGGGGUAUGGCUCCAGGUCGGAGACCCUGUCCUCCGGGAGCUCCCGCUACAACACAUACCUGCCCCUGGGGAAGAGUGGGGCGGGAGCCCGCUCGAGGCCAUGCAACCGGGUGGAGUACGGGUCUUCGGCCAGCCCUUCCGUGCGCAGCGUGUGUUACCCUGAUGACCUGCCCGUGUACCCCACCAUCCGGAGGGUCCAGUCCCUGCACGUGCCCCCAACAUCCCUGAUCCGCUCUGUGCCCAUCUCCCGGACUGAGGUGCCACCGGAUGACGAGCCCGCCUUUUGCCCGCGACCCCUCUACCCAUAUAAGCCAUACCAGUCCUCCCCGGCCCGCUCGGAUUACCACGUGACUCAGCUGCAGCCUUAUUUCGAGAACGGCCGAGUCCACUACCGCUACAGCCCAUACUCCAGCUCCGCGGGUACCUGCUACGGUGCCGACGGGCCCUUCUACGCCCUGGACGCCUACAGCACGAUGCAGCCGAAGCCACCCCACCGCCCACCAGGCAGGGACCUGACCUUCUGUGCCGCCCGGCCCCAGGGCAAGAAUUCGGCCCGCCACCCCGGUGCGCCGCCUCGCCCCCGGGCCAGCUUCGUAGGCUACCUGCCGGGCCAAGAGCCCACUUAUGCCCAUCUGCCCCCGCCUUCCGACGCCAGGCCCGCGUAUGCCUCAUGGGACCUGGAGGACCUGGAGAAGUAUCGCCUGCAGUCAAUCCGGAGGGAGAGCCGCGCGCGCCAAAGGGCCAGGGGGCCCAUCUUGUCCCAGUAUGACAACAUAGCCCCGCUCGGGCUGGAGGACCCGGCCAGCCUCUACGUCAUCCACCUCCGCAGCAAGUCCGACCCGGGAAAGACGGGGCUUCUGUCGGUGGCGGAGGGGAGGGAUGGGCGCAGCGCCUCCAAGGCCAUCGCCCCCGCUGAGGGAGAUGAUCGCUUCUGCCGGAAGCAUCCCGAGGCUGAGCUGGAGCGAGCCCACUGCCACAGCAGCUGUGGCAAUGGGCAGGCAGAGAAGCCCUCCCUCCCCCAAAAGCAGAGCAGCCUCCGGAGCCGCAAGGCCCGGGACCCAGGCGGACCCCCGCCCGAGCACAGGGCUCACCAGGAAGCAAGCCAUAGGGCCCCGGCGGAGGCCAGGAACGGACCACCGUUUCCCGCGGGCACCUGCCAGCUCGAUUACGGGCCCAGAGGCCCCCAGGACCCACUGGAGCCCCCAGGCUACCACCCCCUGUAUGGCCCCAGCGGGCAGGGGACGUUGAGGCUGAGCCACAAAGAGCCGAGGCUGCCCGAAGAUCCAGAGCGGCCUCGGGUGCGGCCCUCCGCGGCCCCUGAGAGGCUCUCCAGAGACUGCUAUCUAGAGGAGGAGCACCUGGCCCGGGCCAUGGCCGCACCCCCAAAGCCCGAGAGGAGCCACAGCCUGAGGCUCCACCCGGGGCCAAGCAUGGAGAGGGAGCCCGGCCUUCUCUACCAGUACCACCCUCACGGCAAGCGCCAGGGCACGGUGACUGUGCUGUCUCAGUACGAUAACGUGGGUGACUGUCACACCCUGCCCCCACCCCCACGGGGCCCCGCCUUUGGUGGCGGAGGAGGAGGAGGUGGAGGAGACGGGCUGUUCGGGCCCCCCAGCUUUCCCCAUCCACAGAACAGGACUUACGCCACCGCCUUGGGUCAGGGGGCCUUCCUUCCCACAGAGAUGUCUUUGCAAAGCCCCGAAACACACCUCCGUGCAGAAUGAGCCCGGGAAUACGGUAAUAGAGUCGAAGCAGCCUCUGCUGGACAGCGGACUGUUUUAUUUUUUCAACGACCAAAAAAAUUUAAAAAAAAAUACAAAACCCUAAAAAAUCACAAAAACAACCAAACCAUCCCCGUAAG